AUGGCGAACUCACUGGCUUAUUUAACAGCUCGUUUUUUUGGCACGGUCUUCGUGAUCAGCUCCUUGACCGUGCAAUGGAUAUUGGCGUGGCUUCUGCAGGUCCUCUUCAUCAUCCUUUCCUACCCUUUCCUUUCAAAAGAUAAACGACAGAACGCUUGUGGUCACAUCUUCCGCUUCGUCUCGUUUGUCGGAAUGGACCUCCUUAACCCGUUCUGGCGGGUGCAUGUGCUGAACAAGUUCCCGCCCACGAAGCACCGCCGCGUGUUGUUGAUGAUGAAUCACUUGAGCGGUUCGGAUCCGUUUCUUUCGAUUCGCGCGAUGCUGCCGCGGGAUGGGACGUGGAUCGCGAAGUCCGGGCUCUUUCGCGUGCCUUUUGGCGGCUGGUGCUUGGCAAACUCGGGUGAUCUUGCCGUGCACUUUAAAAACAAACGCGCCGGGUUCGAGACGAUCAAGGGCACCGUCGGGGUGAUGAUGGAGAACGCCGCUCGGAAGCUUCGCCAGGGCCGCAUGAUCUGCGUUUUCCCCGAGGGAACGCGGAAUGGGAACCCCGAUGGACCUAUUUUGCCUUUCCGUAAGGGCUUUUUUGAGCUGGCAAUUCAGGAGGACGCGAUUAUCGUGCCGAUGGCGAUUAGUGGAACGGAUAAGAUGUGGCCGGUUGGGUCCAUUUUAAUUGACAGCGCCGACGCGUACUUUUCCUUUGGGGAGCCCAUCGAGGCGAGAAAAUUUGACAACAUGGAUAGUUUGGCGGAUCACGUCUGGAAAAUUAUGAACGACCUGCGCGAGAGUCAUCCAGAUCGUGUUGCGAUGCGGCGGAAGGCUGAGUAA